AUGUCGAGUGGACAGAUCAGUCAGUUGCUGGGCAAGCAUGCCAAGAGUUUCCUGUUUGAUAUUGGAGCAAGCCUGUAUUAUUCAGGUGCAGGUGGAGCAAGUCAAUCAUGGUUUGUCGAGGAAUAUAGAAAUGUUGGGAUAAUUUUUGACCAAAUAUAUAGCUGGGAGUUGACUGUACAUCAUCCUCAAAAAAUCUUUGAAGACCUGCCAUUUGAAGUAUUGGUCGCAAUGCAUUACUACAAUAUCGGCGUAAAUGCAGAUCACAAUUCAAAAUACAAUCCAUGGAGGUUCAUUCGCAAGCUAAGUCGACGAAGUGACUUUGUUGUGGUGAAAUUGGAUAUUGAUAAUGUUGCUAUGGAAGAGAGAUUGGUUCAUGAUCUGCUUAACGAUUCUAUAGCUCUUGGUUUAAUUGAUGAAUUCUAUUGGGAGCAUCAUACUGGAGGAAAUCCGAUGCAAUACCGGGGUUGGGGACGUCAAUCCUCGAACAACAUUGUGCAGAGUUAUGAACUGUUCGGGAGACUUCGUGGGCACGGGAUUCGUGCUCAUUCUUGGGUGUAA